GUAGACUAUAAGGACCUGGCAGAGACAGAGAGACAAGAAGCUUUCACAGGUUUUCACACACAUCUCAAGAUAGCACUGAAACACUGGUUGACCUGACAGAAUGUUCUUAAUCCUGGUUGUCACAGUGUUCUUGGCUGGCUGCUUGGCAAUGCCCAUCAAAGACCCGUACUCGUAUUCCUCUGCGGUGGGUCAGGGAGGUGGCACCCCAUUUGCUUCCUACGGUGAGGGGCGCAUCACAGGAGUCAGAGUGUGGGAGACCAACAACAACUACUACUACUACUACUACUACUACAACUACAACAGCAACAACUUCAUCAGCGGGUUCCAGCUGAGAUACGGCAACACCUGGUCUCCUGUGUUCGGUAACGAAGGGAGUGUAAAGCAGGUGAUGGAGCUGUUUAAUGAUGAGGCCAUCGUUGAGGUGUCUGGGAAGUACAACCCAGCAGACUACAUCUGCUACCUGGUGUUAACCACUAACAUGGGGCGCACUCUGUCAGCCGGCCUGCCCAACCAGGUCUCCUUCAACUUCUACCCAACCAACAUGGGCAAUGAGCUGAGGAUCCUCAGCGGUCGCUUCAACGGUGCUGGGAUCACCUCCAUCGGAGCCCACUGGGGAUUGGUGGACAUGGAAGGGGCUGGAAACAGUACUCAGGAAACAGCACUGGAAACAGUAACUCCUAUUUAUUAGGGGGAAAAAGUAUGUCCUGCUCUUUGGGAUGGUAUCCCAGAUACAGAUUAAGCCUAGUCCUGGACUAGUUACUUUCCAUGGAGAUUCUCCAUUCUACAUGCUUUUUAGUCCAGGAGUAAACUUAAUCUGGGUCCAGGAAACUGACCCUAUAUGUUGGACGGAUGUUUGACAGAACUGUUUUUUAUGUCUCUAUCUGAAUGAAUGAAUUUGAAUGUUAAGAAAUAUUUUUGUGCUGCUUCAAGUGAGGAAUCACCUCAAAAAUACUUCCAAAUUAUUCAAACAUUCAAAUUCAUUCAGGUUAAAUUCUCAUGAAGCGCCCAUCAGAUAGUGAAAUAAAAAAACAGUUCUGUCAGCGUCCAUCGGAUAGGAAUAUUCAAACAGUCCUGUCAGCUUGGGUCAACAUGCGUUGUUAUCACAUUUUAUCACUAUAAAGGUACGAAUCAUAUGGGAUUCAAAGGAUUCAUUAUAUCUUUGAUUAAUGGAACAAUCAAAUAUUAUGGGGAGAUAAUAGCGUUUCAGGGUGUUUCUCCUUCACUAUUUUAUACAUGCUGCAUUUAUUACUUGUUGUUGCUUUUCUGCUACAUCUGCUUAUGGACAUUUUAAUAAAAAGCAUAUCUUUAAA